CGUUCGCCAACGUCACAACUCCAGGAAGGCGUUUCCUUCUCUUCUGAUAUAAACACUCAUGUUCGUGUCAGUCUCUGGUACAAACCUUACUACGCAUCUUUGAAAGACUGGUUCAAGAGACACGAUGGAGUGCUGCUGUGGACUGCUAACUGCUGAGAAACAACCAGUUCCUUUAAAGGGCAUUGAAGUAGAGCUGGAGGUGAAGGACCACGUGGCCACAGUGGUGUCCACUCUGCACUAUGAGAACAAGGAGGACAAAGCCAUAGAAGCUGUUUUUGUUUUCCCUCUGCCCGGAGAUGCUGCUGUCUGCCAUUUCAGCGCUAAGGUCGGACAGACUGAGAUUGUGGCCGAGGUGAAGGAGAAACAGAAGGCCCGCGAUGAGUACGACGACGCUUUGAGCUCAGGGCAGCAGGCCUUCCUCCUGGAAGAGAGUGAGCAGAGCUCGGAUAUCUUCUCUCUCAGUGUGGGCAGUCUUCCUCCAGGAGAGAGCGCCUCCAUCAGGCUGGAGUACAUCAUUGAGCUGGCUGUACAGGCGGAUGACGCGCUGAGGUUUUGUUUGCCUGCGGUGCUCAACCCUCGCUACCAACCUCAGGGGAGUGAAGGUGGCGGCGUCCAGGUGACCUCUGUCCCCGCCUCUCAGGUGCCCUACAGUCUGUCUUUCUCUGCUCGGGUGUCUUCUCCUCGUCAGGUCUCCAAAAUCGACUCCAACUGUUCCUUGGAGCCUUUGCAGUACCUCAACGCUGAGCAAAGCCAGGCUGUCGUGAAACUGGCUGCAGGACACAAGUUUGACAGGGAUGUUGAGCUGCUGAUUUACUACAAGGAUGCCCACCAGCCGGCUGCUGUGGUUGAGGCAGGUCAGGCGCCUGCCAAGCCUGGCACACUGAUGGGAGAUGCGGUCGUGAUGCUGAGUGUGUACCCGGAGUUCCCUCAGGCAGUGAUGUCUUCACUGGCCUCAAGUGGAGAAUUUGUGUUCUUACUAGAUCGAUCUGGAAGUAUGGAUUGUCUUAUCAACAACAUCAAGAAGAGUGAGACUCGCAUCAGCAGUGCCAGGGAUACUCUUCUGCUGCUUCUGAAGAGCUUACCAAUGGGCUGCUACUUCAACAUCUACAGUUUUGGAUCUCGCUUUGAACACAUCUUCCCUACAAGUGUGGAAUACAGUGAGAAGACCAUGGAAGAGGCUCUGAAGAAAGUCAAUGAGUUUCAAGCUAACCUGGGAGGAACAGCGAUCUUUCAGCCACUCAAACACAUUUACAACCAACCCUGCAUUCCCAGUCAACCAAGACAAGUUUUUGUGUUCACUGAUGGCGAGGUUGGAAACACCAAAGAGAUUUUGAACCUGGUGAAGAAGAAUUCCACUUCCCACAGGUGUUUCUCUUUUGGGAUCGGCGAAGGUGCCAGCACUGCUCUCAUCGAUGGAUUGGCUAAGGAGGGAGGAGGUCACGCUCAGUUCAUCACAGGAGCCGACAGAAUGCAAGCAAAAGUGAUGCAAUCGCUGCAAUUUGCUUUGCAACCAACAGUGAAGGACAUUUUGGUCAAGUGGGAUCUGCCAAAGGGAGUGUCUGUCACUGUCUUGUCUCCACCUCUCACAUCAAUUUUCCAGGGUCAAAGGUCCCUCAUUUAUGUUCAGCUCACUGGACAGAGUUCCGAGGCAACAGAUGGCUGUGUAAGUGUCGAGUACAGCCUAGCAGGUCAUCCGUACCAGAACCAGCUCCACUUCGCUCUACAACCCACAGAGGAAACUGGCAGAUUAACCAUCCAUAGACUGUGUGCUCGGACUCUGAUUCGCUGCUUGGAGACAAAGGAGACCGAACGCGGUGGACAGCAGGAUGAGACAGUGAAGGUCCAGGUGGUGGACGUCAGCGUCCAAUCAGGAGUGAGCAGCUCCUUCACCGCCUUUGUUGCAAUCAACAAAGCAAGCAAAGAAGCCGUUCAAGGACCUCUGCUGCGCAGAAAUAUUCCAACACCUUCCAUUAACUACAAGGCAUAUUAUAGAAGCAGGCCGCAGCAGAUUGGUGGCGCGAUGUGUCGGCCUAUGCCUACAUCCUUUGCUUGUCGUCUGAUGGAAGGUGCAAAAAAUUGUGAUUCCAUUCAGAUGACAAUGGAAAAUGCAGACCAAAAAUUUGAAGGAGGAAUUUUUCAUUCACUUAAAAUGAGGAUGCGAGGCUCUAAGAAGAAAUCUGCACCAAGCACGAGGAAAUCUGCGGAUUCUUGUGUUGAAAAAACUUUAGCCAGCUCGUCGCCUACAGACCCUUGGCUGCAGUUGGUUUCCCUCCAGAAGGCGUCGGGCAGCUGGGAGCUCAAACCCACUCUGGCUGCUGUGCUAGGAAAGACCAGCAAGGAGGUGGAGAAGUUGAAGCCUGCAUCGGCGAAUGAGAACGUGUGGGCCACCAUUCUGGCUCUGGUCUGGCUUCAUGGCUUCAAGUCAGAUGCUGAGGUCGAAUGGAAGCUUCUGGCUAGGAAGGCUGCGUCAUGGCUCCUUUCUCUGAAUGCACCUUCUGUGACAGACUGUGUUGUGGCUGCAAACACUCUGUUGGGCUGCAACGUACAAAAAGAUACACUGGGCCUGUGAGGUGUCCAAUACAAAGAAACUUUGUCAACAUUGCACUAUUUUCAUCCAAUCUGCUUUUCUUGUCUGCAUUCCUCUUUGAUAAGUUACUCAUGGGUCAAUGUCAUGUUUUCUUACACAGAUCAACUAAAAGUGGCAAACCUGAAACCUAUAGAACCAUAAACAACAUUAUAGGGAGUGCAUACAGCUACACAAAGGCCAUACACACAAUUAAUUGUGUUGUCUUGAGUGAUUUUAUGCUAAAACUAUGAUUCUAAAUCCAGUCCCUUUUAUUAUUCUAAUAUUUCAUUCUCAAAUAAUUACUAAACGACACAAUAAAGAUUUCAAGUGGAAUAUUUCAUUUUUUGUGAGUUGAGAUGUGUGUGUCCUUAAUUUGUGUGUUUUUCAGCAGUGUAGUUUGGCAAUAACCGCUUUAGUCUCAAAUGAGUGCCGAGUUAAAAAACAUAGGCAUUAACAUCUGCGGUUGUGGGUAACCUGCUGAUGUGUUUUUUAUCAACACACAUUAAUUCAUGUGGGGUUAAUUUAAAAAAAAUAAGAGCGUAGUGUUGUCUAUAUUGGACUCAUCUCUUUUGUAUUUAUGAUGACUGUAGUUUGCGUCUUACUGUUAUCACAAUAUCGGUUCUGUUGCGACUAUGUUGUGCAAUGUACUUGUUCAGAAAUGACCAUGUGGUCGAAGAAAGCUACGUGCUGCUUCCCACAUUCCCAUGCACUGCUAAUCCUUAUUAAAGUUUUAAAAAAUGACA